UUUUAAAAAAAGAAAAAGAAGGAAAAAUAGAGAGAGAAAAACGCUAGGGAUCCGUUUCGAAUUUCUCUGACCCGAUCGCACUCAGCUUCCGGCAAACGCACACACUCUGUCUAUCUUGUAGUUGUUGUUUGGGAGAGGGUUUCAGAGCUCGAAAAAGAAAUGGUGAGAGGAUUGCUGAACAAGCUUGUCUCUCGCUCUAUCUCUGUCGCCGGAAAAUGGCAGCAACAACAGCUCCGCCGUCUCAACAUCCACGAAUAUCAGGGGGCUGAAUUAAUGAGCAAACAUGGGAUCAAUGUUCCAAAAGGAGUUGCUAUUUCUUCCGUUGAUGAAGUGAAAAAGGCUAUUCAGGAUGUAUUUCCUAACCAAAAGGAGUUGGUGGUUAAAAGCCAAAUUUUGGCUGGAGGAAGAGGCUUGGGAACGUUUAAGAAUGGUCUCAAGGGGGGUGUUCACAUUGUCAAAACCGAACAGGUUGAAGAAAUAGCUGGAAAGAUGCUUGGCCAGAUACUUGUAACCAAACAGACAGGGCCACAGGGAAAAAUUGUUAGCAAGGUUUAUAUCUGUGAAAAGAUGUCACUUGUUAAUGAGAUGUACUUUGCUAUCACUUUGGAUCGAACAAGUGCUGGUCCCCUUAUAAUUGCAUGCAAAAAGGGAGGAACGAGCAUUGAAGACCUUGCUGAGAAAUUCCCUGAUAUGAUAAUAAAGGUACCUAUUGAUGUUUUUAAAGGAAUUACAGAUGAAGAUGCUGCAAAGGUAGUAGAUGGUUUGGCUCCCACAGUUGCUGAUAGAAAUGAAUCAAUUGAGCAAAUUAAGAAGUUCUAUAAGCUAUUUGUUGAGAGUGACUGCACGCUGUUAGAAGUAAAUCCAAUUGCAGAAACAUCUGAUAAGAAGCUGGUAGCUGCUGAUGCUAAGUUGAACUUUGAUGACAAUGCUGCAUUUCGCCAGAAAGAGAUUUUUUUGCUACGUGAUCCAUCCCAAGAGGAUCCAAGAGAGGUGGCUGCUGCAAAAGCAGAUCUAAAUUAUAUUGGCUUAGACGGGGAAAUUGGUUGUAUGGUGAAUGGUGCAGGAUUGGCAAUGGCUACAAUGGAUAUAAUUAAACUGCAUGGAGGAACGCCUGCCAACUUUUUAGAUGUUGGUGGAAAUGCUUCUGAAGGCCAGGUUGUGGAGGCAUUUAAGAUAUUGACUUCUGAUGACAAGGUGAAAGCAAUUUUGGUGAAUAUAUUUGGUGGAAUUAUGAAGUGUGAUGUAAUAGCAAGUGGAAUCGUCAAUGCUGCCAAAGAGGUCGCUCUACAAGUUCCAGUGGUUGUUCGGCUUGAAGGCACUAAUGUAGACGAGGGAAAGAGAAUUCUAAAGGAAAGCGCUAUGAAAUUAAUCACAGCAGAAGAUCUGGAUGAUGCUGCUGCUAAAGCAGUCAAAGCAGCACAUAACUGAGGAAAGCACAAUUUUUCCUUAGAAAAUAUUAGUUCAACUUGAUUCUUUUUGUGGCGAAACCAAUCUGCAAUGACUGCUUUUUUAUGGUUAAAAACUAACACGGUUGAGGAAUAUUUUCAAUAAUGUUCGCAUUUCCAAAAUUUUUAUUUUCAUGAUUUUCAAUAUAAAGUAUAUUUUGGCGUUAA